AUGCUGUCAAUGAAUAAUACCAGUGUACUCCUCGCCGUGGCCAUUGUGGGCGUUGUGGGGUCCAUUGCCAUUGCCUGUCUUCUCAUCUAUCGCACUUAUCAACAAGCCAAGUGGCAGCAAUCACAACUCCAGCAACAAGAACAGCAACAGCAAUCGACCACCACUGGCAGUAAUUGUCGCCAAUGGCUGCAUCGACAGCAUCCUUGGAUACUGGUGGGAUCCACAGUGUUACUCUUGACCACCACCACAAUCCUACUAUGGAAGACUAGUACUGUCGAUCAAGUCCAAUCAGUGAUUCUGGCACUGGUCAUUGCCGCGGGAGUCUACUCGCUGGCAGCUCUCCUCGUGACGUAUUGGUACUGCAAGCGACUUCAACAAUUGGGUAGUGGUUGUGGCGGCAGUAGUGACUAUUUCACGUGUGGUGGUACCAUUGCCUGCUACUAUUCUUCGCAAUCACUGGAAGAUGACUACGACACGGAUGAUAGCAGUUGUACGCCUACCAAACGAGUCAUGAUUACCGCCACCACAACGUGUCGUGUUUUGGGCAUUUUAUGUCUCUUUGUCACCACACUGGCCAUGAGCAAAUACGCCAUUGCCUCAUUGCUAGGGGAUAAUCCCGCCUUGGACGAAUCGUCCUACUAUCACGGUCCCGCACCCAUUCUAUCGUAUCAGGGAGACAAUCUCAAUUACAACAAUGUCGCCCGCAAAGCGACUCUCACUGUCGGAUACGGGGGGAGUUGGGCGUGUCCGGACUACCCAGACGAAUGGUGCCAACAAUCGGUCGAUUUGUUUUGGUGCGAUGUCUACGAUAAGACGGGAUACUACGCCAGUGAUGGUAGUCUGAAACCCACCUGGAGACUCUGGGAGGGAGAUGAUUUGUGGCAAUCGUCGGGAUUUUCCUGUGCCCAGGGAAUGGGACAACAACAGCAAGAUGAUGAUGAAAAUGAUAAUGGUGAUAAUGGUGACGACGACAAUUCACAACAAGAGUACUUGAAUGAUCCCUUUGACGCACCCUACCUCAUCAAUGUGUUUGCCAACUGCGAUGGGACCUGUCAAAGUCUGGUCGUCGAUGAUCCCUUUUUCCGGGCCAAAUUCUAUCAUGUAUCCUGCAUGAAAUAUGUCAUGAUGGGGUCCUUUCUAUCCGCCAUUGUACUCCUCGGUUUGGCUCGAGUACUGCUGUAUUUUCGAACCCAACGCAAAGCGGAAUCCCAAUCCUUGAAAGCAACGGCCGGGGUGGAACUGUUGCCAUCGUGCUUGGACAAUGACAAUGAUGACGAUGAUGAAGACAAGACGCUGUCAUCCAUCAGGGAUGACAAUAAUAAUAAGGAAGGGGUGGUGGCAUGA